AUGGCUGCUAUUGAAGAUUUAAGACCCUUUUUGAAGAAAGGAGUUCCAGAGCAUGAUAUACCAAGCUUAGAGCCUCUAAUUCUUGAAGAUCUCAUUACUGAAAAUAUUUCUGGACUGAAGGUGAGAGUAACAAAUGUUAGUGCUUAUGGAUGUAGUGACUUCAUAGUUAAAUAUGUCAAUGUUAAUUGGGAUAACAGAUCUAUGGAAUUGAAUAUAGAUAUUCCAAAAUUGAAAAUUAAUGCUCAUUAUAUAGUCAAUGGAAAAGUCCUGAUGGUACCUAUAAAAGGAAAUGGUGACAUAGAAGCUAAUAUCACUGAUUGUUCUUCGCAGGCCUUUCUUCAGAUGGACAAGUAUGAAGUUAAUGGUGAACGCCAUGUCAGAUUCAGUAGAGUAGAUCUCAAAGUGAAAGUAGGCGGAGGUCUGAUACGUUUAGAAAAUCUUUUCAAUGCUGAUAAUAAUUUACUUUCUUUCAUCAACGAUGUGGUUAACAAGAAUUUGGAGAUGUUUUUGAAGGAGUUGAUGCCGAUCGUGGAAAAGGGAUUAUCUAGAAAAUUUAUGGAAGUGGGGAACAAUAUUAUUCAGCCAUUUACCUGCAGUCAGUUAUUUCCAUUUUAG